AUGGCAGAGUCUAAUGGCUGUGAUUACAGUGGUUUUUGGAGACAAACAAGAAACUUUGGUUUGCAAAUACUUGUGAGUAGAUGGUUCAUGCUGUUUGCUUCACUCCUGAUAAUGUCUGUCAAUGGUACAGGCUACAUGUUCGGAAUAUACUCCGGCGACAUCAAGUCAUCUUUAGGCUAUGAUCAAACCACCCUCAACACAAUCGGAUUCUUCAAGGACUUGGGUGGCAAUUUAGGAGUCUUGCCGGGGCUAAUCUAUGAAGUUACACCUCCAUGGAUGGUUCUCUCAAUUGGUUCAGUCAUGAACUUCUUUGGCAACUUCAUGAUCUGGCUCGCGGUCACUGGUCGAAUUUCCAAGCCCCAUGUAUGGCAGAUGUUUCUGUACAUCUGCAUUGCCGCGAAUUCGCAGUCUUUUCCCAAUACUGCUGCAUUGGUUACUUGUGUCAAGAACUUCCCAGAAAGUAGAGGCAGUGUGAUAGGGCUUUUGAAGGGGUUUAUUGGUCUAAGUGGAGCAAUUAUCACACAACUUUACCAUGCUAUUUAUGGUGAUGACUCAAAAGCUCUGAUAUUGUUCAUUGCUUGUCUUCCUACUGUUGUUCCCUUAGUUUUUCUUCGAAUGAUUCGGAUAAUGAAGGUUGUUCGAUGCCCGGGAGAGCUCAAAGUUUUCUACAACUUCCUCUAUAUCGCGCUUGGCCUUGCUGGAUUCAUGAUGAUCAUCAUUGUUGUGCAGAACAGAACCAGCUUUACUAGAACAACAUACAGUUUUAGUGCUUUAGUAGUUCUCAUAUUGCUUUUUCUCCCAAUCGCGAUCGUUAUCAAAGAAGAACUCAAUAGUCUGAAAAUCAAGGAUUCGGCUGAAAAUCUACCACCACCAGCAGCAGCAGCAGCAGAAGCAGCAACAGAAGAAACAUUGGGGGCAGAUUCUUGUUUGAUCAACAUCUUCAAUCCACCACAAAGAGGAGAGGACUAUACAAUACUUCAAGCAAUUUUCAGUAUUGACAUGUUGAUUAUCUUCACUGCAACAACUUGUGGCGUUGGCGGGGCGUUAGCUGCGAUUGACAAUUUGGGGCAGAUAGGGAGCUCAUUAGGCUACCCAAAACAUAGCAUUGCGACCUUCAUAUCACUAGUGAGCAUAUGGAAUUUCCUAGGCCGGGUUCUGGCCGGAUUUGUUUCCGAAUCCUUAUUGACAAAGUAUAAUUUUCCUAGGCCACUCAUGCUUAGUUUGGUGAUCCUGCUAGCUAGUGUUGGUCAUCUUUUGAUAGCUUUUGCAGUCCCAAAUUCUCUCUACUUGAAUUCAAUCAUCAUGGGUUUCUGCCUUGGAGCACAACUGCCAUUAGUGUCAACUAUUAUAUCAGAAAUAUUUGGGCUUAAACACUACUCCACAUUGUACAAUGUAGGGUCAGUUUCAAGCCCAGUUGGGUCCUAUAUUUUCAAUGUGAAAGUGGCUGGUAAGCUUUAUGACAGAGAGGCUUUGAAGCAAAUGAAAGGUUUGGGACUUGGUAGGGAAGCAGGGAAGGCCUUGAAUUGUAGUGGAGUUGAGUGUUACAAAAUGGGUUUUGUUAUAAUCAGUGUUGCAACAUUGUUUGGGUUUCUGGUUUCUCUAGUUUUGGUGAUUAGAACAAGGAAAUUCUACAAUGGAGAUAUCUACAAGAGGUUCAGAGAGGAUGCCAUUGCCACAGCAGAGAUUAACACUGGAAAUAAUGUAGUUCCUGCAAGAAGCGUAGAAGCCUCAGCAAAUCCAGCAGUGCCCAACAUCAGCAUCUCUGCAGCAACUAACAUGAAAUCAAUAGCUAAUUAG